AUGAUAGAAAAUUUUAAUGAUCAUGCAGAACGAAAAGUGAAAAAUGAGUUUAAAUAUCUCAAAGAUUCCAUUAUGAUCGAUGAAAUAGGAUUACAUAUAAAUCUUAUUUAUUUGAGAUUAAAAGCAGUCGAGUCUGAGCUAAGAGAUAGAAAGGUAAAAUGUAAACGUGAAUUAUCAGAAUUUGAGACCGAUAAUAGUGAUACAUCAGAUGAGAUGGAAUCUCGAAGCUUUGCUUCCUCAAAUUGUUCUGAUAUUUUACCUGAGUUUUGUGAAUCCGAUCGUUG